AUGAAGCUCUCUCUCACGCUUUCCGCGCUGCUCGCGCUCGCUGUGUCCUCGCACUCGGCUGUCGCGACCGAGUUCCAGAACCUCCAGCUUCGUCAGGGCGGAGACGUCAACACCCUCCUCCAGGGACUGCGCGAUAACAACCUUACCUCGCUCGCCAAUGUGCUUUCGCAGCACACUGCCGUGACGGACCGUAUCUUCGCUGACAACACGGAGAAGCUGCUCCUCGCGCCCACGGACGAAGCAAUCGCCAAGCUGCCGUCGUGGGUGACCAGCAACUCGUCGCGUCUUGAGGCUACGCUGCUGCAGCACGUGCUGCGUGGAAGCUUUGAGGCGGACAAGCUCAACGCGUUCCCGCUGCACACGAUCGGACACUCGCUGUUGAACGAGUCUGCAUUCUCGAACUUACCCGGUGGGGCGGGGCAGGCGGUGGCGCUCGCCAAGUCGGCCAACCUGACAUUUGUCUCCGAGGCGGUGAACAACGACACGUUUGUGCAGAAGACGCACAAGUUCGACACCAUCACGGUGCAGCCGAUCAACCAGGCGAUCACUGUGCCCGGCUCUGUGACCGACACGCUUCGCUUCUUGGGCUACACGGGUAUCUCGACGUUGAUCAGCAACGUGCAGAACGGUGCGCUCGCCAAGACGAUCGACUCGAUGGCGGGAAUCACGCUGUUCGUCCCCACCAACGAUGCCAUCAACAAGUUUGCCGCCACGCAGCCCAACCCCACUGAGAUCCCCACCGUGUUGGGCCAGCACAUUGUCGCCUCCCGCGUGGUUUACUCGCCACUGCUCAUCGACCAGGGCUCGCUCAUCUCGUCGAGCGGCCAGGACAUCGUGUUUGACAACAAGGCCGGCACGGUCAAGGUCGGCAACUUUACUGCCAAGAUCUUGCAGACCGACAUUAUCGCCCAGCAGGGUGUCAUCCACCAGAUCGACAACGUGCUCGCUUCCACCGCGCUCGACACGGGCCGCGCGGCCCAGGCGCAGAAGUCCGCCCAGUCCUCUGUCGACGCCCAGAAGGCUCAGAGCAUCUCGGGCCCCGUUUCGGGCAAGAACGCCAUCACGACCCAGGGAACUGACGUGCCCGCCGCGCAGCAGGGCAGUGGAGCGACCAACCGCUCGGCGAACGACAACACUGACUCCGCGGGAUCCGGCCAGACCGAGUCCGCGAUUGGUAACGGUUCUAACGGUAACAACGGUGGCGAGUCGCAGGCUGGCGCGUCCAACUCCAACGGUGGCAACGGAAACGGUGGCAAUGGCAAUGGAAGCAACAUUGACCACCGAAACCCGAACGGUGCUUCGGGUACGGCCCGCAGCACCCAGCUCAUCGCCUCGGCCGUCGUUGCUUCUUCCUUCCUCGCUCUUGUUCUUUGA